GUCAAUGUAUUUACUACACAAAUAUACAUAGGUAUAUAAUAUUUCUUUGAAUUUGUUUUUGGAUCGAUCGCAUAAUCUGAGAGCAGGCCAGAGAUAAAGCAGCAUGUUGCCUGCGAAAAAUGAUUUCGAGUCAAAUGUGCACUUGCAUUCGCAUUCAAAUCAAUUGAAAACUGGCGGCUGGGGCUGUCGCAAUACGAAGCGUGGCAACAUGUAUAUAUUGAUCACCCUAAUCCUUGUGCUGCUCCAUUUGCUGCUGCUGCCCGUCUACCUGUACCUCACCUGGCAUCACAAAUAUUGGCGCAAACGCGGCUUGCUCACAGCCAAGCCGCUCACCUUGCUGGGCACCUAUCCGGGACUGCUCACACGCAAGCGCAACCUGGUCCAGGAUGUGCAGAGUGUCUACAACAAGUACAAGGGAAAACAUCGAGCUGUGGGCGUUUUUGUCACAAGACAACCACAAAUUCUGGUGCUCGAUCCGCAGCUGGCGCACGAGGUGCUGGUUGAGAAUUUCCGUUGCUAUAGAGAUUCCCUUACCAGCUCCUACAUGCAGCACGCCAAAUGGGAUAAGUACGCCAAACGCAAUCCGUUCUGGGCAGCGGGCGAUACCUGGCGGCGGCUGCGCACCGAGGCUCAGGCUGGCCUAUCCGCGAAUCGCCUCAAGCAGGGCUAUGCCAUUUGGGAGCAGAGCGGCAAGAAGCUGACCAACUACAUGGCCCAGCACGUGAACAUGCAUAACAAUAUACUGGAAACCAGGGAUCUCUGUUUUCGCUAUACAGCUGAUGUCAUGUGUGACUUUAUUUGGGGCAUCGAUGCGGGCACAUUGACCUCGGACGAACAGGGUCUGCCCAAUAUGGUGCAGGAAAUGGCCAGCAAAUGGACGAGUUAUGCGUUCUAUAUGAUAUCCAUAUUUAUGGCGUCGAUAAUAGCGCCAUUUAGUCGCUUGCUGUUGCGUUUGCGCUUCUAUCCCAAGGAUACGGACGAGUUCUUUUCGAAACUGACCAAGGAGUCCAUUGAGCUGCGCUUGAAGACCGGCUACGAGGUGGAACGCAUCGAUUAUUUGUCGCAUCUGCUGAGGCUGCGCGAGGAGAAAAAUGCCACGCACGAUGAUCUGGUGGGACAUGCUCUGACGGUUAUGCUGGAUGGUUAUGAUACAACUGGAUCGGCUUUGAUGCACGCCCUUUAUUAUCUGUCGGAGUAUCCGGCGGCCCAGCAAAAGCUGCGCACGGAGUUCCUCAACAAUGCGACAAAGACUAAAACUCUGGACUUUGAUAAGCUGUGUGACUUGCCCUAUCUGGAGCAGGUUAUUUACGAAUCCUUGCGGCUGAGCAGCUUGAUACCACAGUACACAAAAGUCUGCACGCAUCCCACGAACAUCCAGCUGAAUGAGUUCAAGCGUGUGGAGGUGGAGCAGGGCAUGACCAUUAUGAUACCCAACUAUCAAUUCCAUCAUGAUCCGAAAUACUUUCCCGAACCGGAGGCAUUUAAGCCCGAACGCUUUGACAAUGCCGAGCAUCAUAAUCUCGUGCGACAGGGUAUUUUGUUGCCCUUCAGCGAUGGUCCGCGCAUUUGCAUGGGCAUGCGUCUCGCUCUGCUCACACUCAAAUCGGCGCUGUUUCACAUUAUCAGUAACUAUCAAGUUGUGCGGAGCAAGAAGAAGAUUAAAACAGCCGGAGAUUCUGGUUUUGGUGUCGUACUCCAAGGUGAUAUCAAUUUGGAGUAUCGACGAUUUUUACAAUAGAGUCUACCUAGCUACUAUUACAACGCGAAUCAUGUGUACUUAUCGCAUGUGUCGAGACUUGAAAAGUAUUUAGAAAUGAUUAUAAGUGAGUGCAAAAAUUCAAUUGUUGUUUAUUAAAUGAUGCCCCUUACUUACUUAUGGGGUAUAUUUGUUAUAUAAAUAUAAAUAUUUUGAUCUUUAAUCAAAUGUCAUGGGUUAUCUUUCGGGCUGGAAAGAUCUUCCCAGCUCGAAAACCUGUUCCAACCCGA